AUGCAAGCCUUAUCAUGUCAUAUUAAACUGCUGAACUAUUUCGCUCUGACUCCUUCAACCAAGAAGGAGUUUUAUUCCGGUCUUGUAAUUGAUAAUAUUAGUUCAAUAUUGGAUACACCAGCAUUGACUGAUAGUGUACAUCGAAAUCAUCAGUUGUUUCAUGUUGAUGUUGGACUUGUGGCUUAUUGUGUUAUUUUAUUAUAUAAUUUAGCAUUUAAUAAAGAAUUAUUUAAAACAUUAAAAGCGAAAAGCGUCAUUGACAUCUGUGAAAUAUUACGUACAGCUAAAGAUGAUACAAUACAUUUUGCAUCACAAACACUUUCAACAAGUCUUAAACAAACAGAAAUUGAUCAGAUUAAAGAUCCAUAUCAUUUAACAAAAGGAUAUUUGUAUUAUAUUGAAAAUAUAAUGAUGAACCAAAUCGGGCAUAUCAUGAUGUUCCAUUAG